GGGGAGAUGCAGAGGUCUUUAGGACCCAGCAGGCGGCGGCAGGCGGCAGUUGUGUAGAUCACUGAGAGACUACGAGGGUCCGGUUCAGUUUUAAUUCUGUCUCUAAUCUCUGCAACAGCCGCUCUUCCUGGGUCCCGCGGCUCUCCUACACACUCAGCCGCGCCUGGCAGCCAGGAGAAAAUCAGAGCUGCCAGCCCCCUCUCACCCACCAUGGAAGCCCUCCAAGAAAAAGUGGCUCCGGACGCGUGUGCCUGAGGAUUCCUCACAAAAGAGGUGCCCAAAAUGAAGACCCUGAUGCGCCAUGGUCUGGCUGUGUGUUUAGCGCUCACCACCAUGUGCACCAGCUUGUUGCUCGUGUACAGCAGCCUCGGCGGCCAGAAGGAGCGGCCCCCGCAGCAGCAGCAGCAGCAGCAGCCGCCGCAGGCAGGGGCAACCGGCAGCGCGCAGCCGUCGGCGGAGAGCAGCCCCCCCUCGAGACCCCGGAUCCCCGCGGCCCCGCGGCCGCUGGACGGAUACCUCGGCGUGGCGGACCAUAAGCCCCUGAAAAUGCACUGCAGGGACUGUGCCCUGGUGACCAGCUCGGGGCAUCUGCUGCGCAGCCGGCAAGGCCCCCAGAUCGACCAGACCGAGUGCGUCAUCCGCAUGAACGACGCCCCCACGCGCGGCUACGGGCGCGACGUGGGCAACCGCACCAGCCUGAGGGUCAUCGCGCACUCCAGCAUCCAGAGGAUCCUCCGCAACCGCCACGACCUGCUCAACGUGAGCCAAGGCACCGUGUUCAUCUUCUGGGGCCCCAGCAGCUACAUGCGGCGCGACGGCAAGGGCCAAGUCUACAACAACCUGCAGCUCCUGAGCCGCGUGCUGCCGCGCCUGAAGGCCUUCAUGACCACGCGCCACAAGAUGCUGCAGUUUGAUGAGCUCUUCAAGCGGGAGACUGGCAAGGACAGGAAGAUCUCUAACACUUGGCUCAGCACUGGCUGGUUCACGAUGACGAUUGCCCUGGAGCUCUGUGACAGGAUCAACGUUUACGGCAUGGUGCCCCCAGACUUCUGCAGGGAUCCCAAUCACCCAUCAGUACCUUAUCACUACUACGAACCCUUCGGACCUGAUGAAUGUACAAUGUACCUCUCCCACGAGCGAGGACGGAAGGGUAGUCAUCACCGCUUUAUCACAGAGAAACGCGUCUUUAAGAACUGGGCACGGACAUUCAAUAUUCAUUUCUUUCAACCAUACUGGAAACCAGAAUCACUUGCUAUAAAUCAUCCUGAGAAUAAACCUGUGUUCUGAGGAAUGAGUGUGCCAGACCGAAAUCCCAAGUACCUACUGCAUCAGACACCAGGGCACUGGACUUCCUGAGCCACAGACAUAAAAGAGAGACAAAACUGGGAGCAGGAAACCCAUCCAGAAGCAACAUGUACAGAUGCCUGUGAGGCAUGACUGCGAAACAGUGUAGUCGGUUUGUAUGGAGAAGGUCCAGAAGUAAUAUGUCCUAAUGAGCGCCGUCCCUUUCAAAAGGGGCUACCUUAGGAGCUAACCACUCAUUUCAGUGAUGCUGCCGUGGUUGAAAAUCAUUUUGGAUUUCUUUAAGUAUUGCCUUCAAAACUGAAACACAAGCAACUCAACAAUGUUAGUUGUGUUCCUUUACAGAAACACCACAUCAAAAGUCCUUUUUCUAUCAAGUUGUAUCCUCACCUGAUCAAUAAUCUUUGUCAUCUACUGGGCUCUGUAUGUGUGAUUUGUAAAAAGCAGCCUGAAAGUAUGGACAUGAUUUCUGAAGAGCACAUCUCACUGACUUUCAUAAAACAAAUGCCCAAUAUUUAUUUACUGAGAGUUUUUUAGUGUACUCUAGGCCAGUAUUUUUAUAGAUUAUGAUUAUGUGGUAAUUUAUCCUUCUUUACUCUUUAAUCCUGAACAAUGGCUGGAAAACACCUAGGAUGGGGUUGGUGAGUGACUGUGUUCACGAUGCUCCUUGUUAGCAUGCCAUUGGUUUGGAAAUAUUACAUUGCGUUUUUGAAUCCUUAGGCUUCAAGAACAGCUAUGACAUUUUCUAAUGUAAGGAAAUGCUCCAAAUGACAAAACUGAAAACCAAAAACAAUACUAACAAAAGAAACUUAAAGAUAGUUGUCUUUAGUAAUAGUUGAUGUAGGUUACCUGACGUAACAUCCGGGUUUCCUUGUCUGAAAAAGAGGUCCCUGUGCUAGCCGACUGCGUACGUUUCCUUAAAAUGUAAAACUCUGUGAGCUUCUCGUUGACGCAUUUAAGGACUGUGAACUCGGAACGAUGGGGCUUCUGCAGUAGCAAAAGCCUGAUUUUAGGGGGUCUUUUCAUUCCCCUGCUAUCUGUCUCCCUCUGUGGUUAAAAACGUAACUUCCUCCCUGGUCUCCAUUGGCUACAGUCUACCCGCUGCUUUUCUGGUGUUACUUGCACCACAAA